GUUGGUACAGUGUAUAAGUAAAUAUUAGUAUUAGAACAUAAAAAAAUUAUAUUAUAUAUUUAUUUUAUUUUAAAAUUAUUAUACACCUAUUUAUUUAUUCCUUAAUUUGUAUAGUAUAUACAUAUAUAUAAUCAGGGAAUAUAAAAUUUUAUUUUAAAGAUACUUACAUUUUCCAUCUUAAAUUAGUUUUGAUCUCACGAAGAUAUGUCAAUAUGUUGGCGUUGCAAAAAAAUGCACGCAGAACGGAUACACGUUGCUUUAUCGUUUAUAAAAAGAAAUAUAAAUUGUGUUCAAGCAGCAUUGCUAUUCAUAUAAAUCGACAUAUCAAAAAUUUCUACUGAAAGCUAAAGUAUACUUAUCAUAUGGGCUUUUCAUUAUAACAUAAACUUUCAGUGGUCUGCAGCUCAGUCUGCAACUCAGUCUCUCUUUAUACAUAAGUACGCAUUAUUUCGAAACUGUGAAUGUAUAUAUAAUAUAUACAUCCCAUACGUGAUGCACUAGGUUUCUCGGAAAAUUGAUAAAUUGCAUGGACUGCAAAUUUUGCCUUGUCAGUAUUUUUUAUGCACAUCGUACAAUUCAAGCGACAUAUAGACAAUAAUACAAUAAUCGAGCAAUUUGCCGACCUACUCGCUCGACAGCUUAAAACAUGCAUAUACUUUACAUGCACGAGUGGUUCAACGCUGCUAUGUUCUCGCAAAGAUCGAUAGUUUUAGGAUACGGAAGAGCUAGGAUGAAUGAGGAAGAGAUGAGCGCAGGCGUUAUAGGCACUAUCGGCGUGGCAAAUGGAUUAAUGAAGAGAUUCUCUCUCUUUCUUUCUUUAUUAAUGCUUAACUACAUUGCUAUGCACUAAUAAAAACAUACAUACACGUACAUACACGAGAUCAAUCCGGAAUCGUCUCGUGAUAUGUUUCGAGGAUGGUAUAUUGGAACAAAGAUGCUGUUUACGCAUUAUCGACUUACAAGACUUUGGCAUGGCCCGUAGGAGCAUGGCCAAUUGAGGAUGACACUCUCUAUUCAAAGCUGCGAUGGUUGUUUGCGAUCGUAAGCGAGAUCUUGCUAGUGAUAACACUGCUAAUGGACGUCUACCUCGCCUGCGAGAAUUCUUCUGGGGAUCCGAUUGACACGUAUGUGGUGACCGCAAGUGCGAUGCUGGUAAUUGUCAAACUUACCCUGCUGCGGCUGCAGCGAUCCACGCUGUCGAUCAAUCUAUUCUCCGCUAUUCAGGACUGGUGCAGCGUCGAGGAUGCGAGAUCGCGCGAAAUUAUGAUCCAGCACGCACGCAUGGCGAAAAUAAUAUCAUUGUCCCUGUUUUAUUCCGGAUUCUUCGCUUUUAUGCUGUACAUGUUGCGCCUCUUACCCGUUGUGACUGCUAAUGAGAGGACAUUUUAUCUUCCGACAUCCUGUCUCUUCGAAUCUGUCACCAGUAUCCAGUAUGUCCUCAUUACGUUCUAUCAGAUAGUUCAGUUAUUCAUUACAUAUGCCGGAAACUGUUGUACGGAGGGAAUGUUCAUCGGUAUCACGCUGCAUCUCUGCGGCCAGCUCGAACUCCUGAUGAUCGACUUCCGGCAGAUCGGUCGGUGCAACCAUAAGCGCAAAGGAGACAACGUUGUUGAAGAACUCGUAGUCAGACAUCGGCAAUUGAUACGGCUCAUCGAGACUAUUGAAGAUACUUAUAAUAUUAUAAUUUUGACUCAGAUCUUCACUAGCGCUAUUUUGAUAUGCAUAACAGGUUUUGGACUCAUCGAAUCUUUGCAUAUUCACGACACGAUCAUGACAACGAAGAGCAUUGUGAUAAUGAUUGUCAUGUUGCUGCAAUCCUUUCUAUACUCGUAUGCAGGCGAUAAUUUGAGAGAUCAAAGUGAGGGCCUGUCUUUCGCGGUUUACGACAGCAAUUGGUGCGAUUUUUCGACUAACGACAUAAGAGAUCUAACAUUUAUUAUGAUAAAAACAAAUAUACCUAUACGUCUCACUGCCGGGAAAUUUUUCUAUGUCACACGUGCCACAUUUACAGAUAUUCUGAAGACCGCAGUAUCCUACUUAUCCGCCUUACGUGUUAUGAUUGAAAAACAAGCAGAAAACAAGAUGAAGAAAUAUGAGGGCAACAUGAGCAAAAAGAAGAAUGAGCAACAUGGUUGCACUACACGUAUUGGCAGCAUGAUUGCGCCGCACUUAUUAUGUGCAUAUUGGCAGCAAUGUUGCGCCUUAUCUGUGAAGACAAAGAAUAGAAAAAUGGAUGGACAUCAAUGA